AUGGCUGGCACCGAUCUCUCCCUCUCUAGCGGCUCCGCCGCCGCCCUCAACAGCGGCUCCGCCGCCGCCCUCGCCGACCUGCCGGCCCCGGCAUCCUCCUCCUCCCUCGCGAUGAACAUGGCCAGCAUCAAGACGCACGUGCCCGUCGUCCUCGACCUUGCCAAAUCCAACUACGCCAAGUGGCGCAUGCUGAUCACCGUCCUCCUCGGCAAGUAUGAUCUUACUGACCAUGUCGCUAUGCAGACACCCAUGGAGGCUCGCACGCCGGAGCGGACACAGGCAUACUUCAUCGUCCGCUCCUGGCUAUAUGGCUCCAUCAGCGAGGAGAUCCUCGACAUCAUCAUGGCGGACACCCAAACCGCCCACGACGCCUACACCCUCAUCCGCAACCUCUUCCUCGACAACCAGAUGACGCGCGCCAUCCACCUCGAAGCCGAGUUCCGCGCGCUCGUCCAAGGUGAUCACUCCGUCACCGCCUACUGCCAUCGCCUCAAGUCCCUCUCCGACGCCCUGCGCGACGUGGGAUAG